AUGGCAGAGGAUCAGGCUGUGAGAUCUUCAUCGACCGAGAGAUCCACCGGCCGGGUCGUCAAGUUCAGUGACAAGAAGGGAUUCGGCUUCAUCAAGCCCGAUGAGGGCGGCGAAGAUCUGUUUGUCCAUCACAGCGCGAUUAAGUCCGACGGCGGAUACCGCACUCUCGCUGAGGACGAUCUCGUCGAAUUCGAAAUAGCUCUCGCUGACGAAAAGUGCCAGGCAAUCAACGUCACCGCUCCAGGCGGAGCCCCCGUUCAGGCCGGCAAAAGAGGCGGAGGAGACGGUUACGGCAGGCGCGGACCCGGAUUCGGUGCCGGGGGUGCUGGCUGCUACAACUGUGGAAACCCUAACCACAUCGCUAGGGAGUGCAAUAAUCGCGGCGAGAAUAACAGCGGUGGAGGGAGCUGCUUCAAGUGCGGGAAUGCAGGGCAUUUUGCUCGGGAAUGUACGCAGGCUGCCGUCAACGGCCGCGGCGGAGGCGGCGGAGGAGGUUCCAGUGGAUCUUGUUUUAGCUGUGGCGGGUUCGGACACUUGGCCAGGGAUUGUCCCGGCGGCGGGGGAGCUUGCUAUAACUGUGGAGGUUUUGGCCACUUGGCAAGGGAUUGCACUAGCGGAAGGAGUGUUGGCGGAGGAGGAGGCGGCGGCAGGUUUGGUUCAUCUAGUGGUUGCUUCAACUGCGGGAAGCCAGGACAUCUUGCUAGGGAGUGUCCCAAUAGCUCUUGA